AUGUUUCAGCUGAAGCGCCUUCUGAAACACCGUGGCCCCACUGCCCGUGGAGUGGAAGGUCACCUGCUCUCGGCAACCUCGCAACUUCAAAGGGCCUUAUCUCUUACAGUGUACUCCGACUCGCGGUCCGUCGACGCUGUGGCUACUCUCGCUGAUCCGAACGAGUUGUUCUUGCCUGGCGAAAGGCAAAACAAUCUCGCCAUGUCCUCCUCCGUCCCUCUCCUUCGACCGCCCGUCCCUGGCGCCCGCAACAACAACGGCAGCCCGCGAGCUCCGAAGCUCACGUUAGGCAUUCCCCCUUCUCCAAGCGCCAAACCUGUCAAUGGCAACGGCGCCCCCGCUCCAGCGCUUCAACCUUUGCCUCCACCUCAACUCCAGCGCCCGGCUGGGCGACCAGGACGACCAACACUGCAACUGUCGACUCCCAUGGGCAGUCAGCAGAAUGUCUCCCAACAGCCAACUCUCAUGCCGAACGGACGACCAGCUCCGCCCCCGCUGAGCACGAAUGGACUCGGAGGUGGUUCCAGUUUGGAGGUGAAGACCGUCGGACCGGCGUCUGCAACCUCUGCCAAUUAUUCGUCAGCUAAUAAUCUCUCCAUUCGACAAUCUGGCGGCGACUCGUCAGACCCUUCGUCGGCGAUUGGUUCGGUGUACUCAGAUCGCGAUGGUGUGUCGAUGGAACGCGAAAACAGCGUGAAUGGACUCCUUCCCGAUCUGGAUAAGCUGUCUUUGGAGAAGGGCCGGCCCCUCGAUGUUGAUGACCUCGAUGAUGAGGGAUGGCAUGCGGCCAGUGAACAGGACAAAAUCGUCGAGUUGGGUAGUCUAGGCGAAGGUGCCGGCGGGGCCGUCACCCGAUGCAAACUCAAGGAGGGAAAGACCGUGUUCGCAUUAAAGAUCAUUACUACAGACCCAAACCCCGACGUCAAAAAACAGAUUGUUCGUGAGCUCAAUUUCAACAAAGAUUGCGCCUCCCACCACAUCUGUCGCUACUACGGUGCUUUCAUGGACAAGUCUACCGGCACAAUCUCCAUUGCCAUGGAGUUCUGCGAAGGUGGCAGUCUCGACAGCAUUUACAAAGAAGUCAAAAAGCUUGGAGGUCGCACUGGAGAGAAGGUUCUCGGCAAGGUCGCCGAAGGUGUCUUGAAUGGGUUAACCUACCUCCACAGCCGCAAGAUUAUCCAUCGAGAUAUCAAACCAUCCAACAUUCUCCUAUGCCGUGACGGCAAAGUCAAACUCUGUGACUUCGGUGUUAGCGGUGAAUUCGGUACCAAGGGUGACGCCAACACCUUCAUCGGCACUUCUUACUACAUGGCUCCGGAACGUAUCACUGGUCAAUCAUACACGAUCACAUCCGACGUGUGGUCUCUGGGCGUGACUCUGCUCGAAGUCGCGCAGCACCGAUUCCCCUUCCCUGCCGAUGGGACUGAGAUGCAACCCCGUGCAGGUUUAAUAGACCUUCUCACAUAUAUUGUCCGCCAGCCAAUUCCCAAGUUGAAGGAUGAGCCGAACAGCGGCAUUCGUUGGUCGGACAACUUCAAGUACUUCAUCGAAUGCUGUCUGGAAAAAGAACCUCCUCGACGAGCUACUCCCUGGCGGAUGCUGGAACAUCCAUGGGUACUGGACAUGAAGAACAAGAAGGUCAACAUGGCAAACUUUGUGAGGCAGGUAUGGGAUUGGAAGGAGUAA